CGCGGCCGGGGCUGCCGCGAGUUCCGUGUGGUGCGGCGGAGAGGAGGAGGCGGGACGGCUGUAGACAGCGGGUGCAGCGAGGCGGAGGAUGUCCGCCGCCCGCUCGCCGCUCCUCUGCGCGCCCGCCGUCACCUCCGCGUCUUCAUGAAUUAGUGCUGCGGGGCAGGGGCUGGGGACACAGCGAGCGCCCCAGCGGAACCGGCGCCCCAGGCAUGGCGGGCUCGUGCGCAGUUCAGGUGAAGCUGGAGCUGGGGCAUCGAGCCCAGGUCAGGAAGAAACCUACUGUGGAAGGCUUCACCCACGACUGGAUGGUGUUUGUCAGAGGACCCGAACACAGCAACAUUCAGCACUUCGUGGAGAAAGUCAUCUUCCACCUGCACGAGAGUUUCCCCAGACCGAAAAGAGUGUGCAAAGAUCCACCCUACAAAGUUGAAGAAUCUGGGUAUGCUGGUUUCAUUUUGCCAAUUGAGGUUUACUUCAAAAACAAGGAAGAACCUAAGAAAGUUCGAUUUGACUAUGACUUAUUCCUGCACCUUGAAGGCCAUCCACCUGUAAAUCACCUCCGCUGUGAAAAGCUCACAUUCAACAACCCGACAGAGGAAUUCAGAAGAAAGCUGCUAAAGGCAGGAGGGAUCAUGGUAAUGCCAGAUGGCACAUCGUUCUCUUCAGGACAGAGCCUCUGUCUCCCCAGCCUUCUCAGUAAGCCCAUGUCUUUUUCUGAAGUGAAGAAGAAAUUAUGUUAUGGGUCAAAGGACCCAACUAAGAUUCUGAGCACAAGUAGCAGCAGCAGUAGUAACAGUUUUUCGAAGACUCACAAGUUAACAAAGGAGCACAAGGAAAAGACUUCUAAAGACUCAAAAGAACAUAAAAGUGCCUUCAAAGAACCUUCCAGGGAACAGAACAAAUCUUCCAAAGAAUCCUCUAAGAAACCCAAAGAAAACAAACCAUUAAAAGAUGACAAAAUAGUUUCUAAGAUGGCCUUCAAGGAACCCAAAUCUGUACCCAAGGAGCUGAAAUCUGAAAACACCCCCAUCCUUACCAUAACAGGUGGGCAGCAGCAAGAAAAGAAGGCCCUCACAAAAAGGCACUCUGUUGUGGACUCUAAUGAAAAUUCAGCAAAAAAAGGAAAAAAAAGUGUCCCAGAUUUGUUAUUUAAAAGUUUCUCUAGUACCCCACCACUGAUUCUUACUUGUUCAGCUGACAAAAAACAGACAAAGGACAGAUUUCAGCCCAAGGUGGGAAGAGUCAAAACUGAAAGCAAUACACUGGAAAGGAAGACACCUACUCUGCCACCGUUUGAUGAUAUUGUAGAUGCCAGUGAUUCUGAUGUGGAGGAAAACGUAUCCUCCAAAUCUGAAUCUGAACAACCGAGUCCUGCCAGUUCCAGCUCCAGUUCCAGCUCCAGUUUUGCUCCUUCACAAACCAGCAAACAAGUUUCAGGUCCCUUGAGGUCUAUAAUGAAAGAUCUGCAUUCAGAUGAUAAUGAAGAUGAAUCGGAUGAAGCAGAUGAGAACGACAAUGAUUCUGAGUUUGAACGACCUGUAAAUGCCCGAGGAGGAAGCAGGAGUCGAAAGGUUAGUCUGAGUGAUGGCAGUGACAGUGAGAGCAGUUCAGCUUCCUCUCGUCUACAUCAUGAACCAGCACCACCUUUACUAAAAACCAACAACAACCAGAUUUUAGAAGUGAAAAGUCCAAUGAAGCCAAACAAAUCUGAUAAACAAAUAAAGAAUGGGGAUUGUGAUAAGGCAUAUCUUGAUGAACUAGUAGAACUCCACAGAAGAUUAAUGACUUUGAGAGAGAGACACGUACUGCAGCAGAUAGUGAAUCUUAUAGAAGAAACUGGACACUUUCAUAUCACAAAUACAACUUUUGACUUUGAUCUUUGCUCACUGGACAGAACCACAGUCCGUAAACUACAGAGUUAUCUGGAAACAUGUGGAACCCCCUGAAGAUUCAGCGUCUUUCUGCAUCAGAGCCUGUUCUUUAAAUGACACAUUCAGAAUGAUGCAACCAAAAUGGGGGUGGGGGAAGAAAACAACCCUCUUCAGCUUUAUUUUUACUUAAAGCCAGUGAUCGUCUGUUGAUAAGGGAGAAGAAAUGUGACAAGACUCAGAGGACCACUCUUCUCAAGAAGAAAAUGUUCCAGAAGAGUUUGCCUGGGUAGCCUUGAAAAACAAAUACACAAAACCAAACAAAAGUACUUGGUCUUAAUGAAUGUGUAUGGUAUCAUGUAUCUCUCUCUGUGGUGUUCCAGUCCACAAGAUGAAUGCAUGUUCAACACACUGCCUUAUUACGUAACUGAUCUAUUUAUUACUGCAUACAUGUAUUGUAAAGUUAAUGAGUCACUGAAUGGUACUACCAGAUGUUGCAAGUAGUGAAGCCCCAUGUGAGCUCUUUUGAUGCAGUACUAUCAGAAGCUUAGUAAUCUUAGGUUAAAAAGCCACUUCUUGCAAUCUUUCUCUAGUCUCUAAAAGCACUACAAUCUUGUUUCCACUUCUGCAGUUCCAGGAAACAAGAUACAAAGUUGGGGAUCAAACAGUAAUCCUAUAUUUGUUGCUUCUCUGCCACAGUGGGUUGGAACACAGUCAGUUGGACUGCAGGUCCUUGGUUCUAUCCAUUUAUUGAUCUUCACCACGGUAGGAAGUGCACCAAAUAGGAUUAUAUGACUUGCUGUCUAGCCUUAGUAAAUAAACCAGUAGGACUUUUAACAAAAAA